CGGACCCUGUUUAAGGUCGGAACUGGUCCGUUCUGGUUUGUAAAUGUUUGUGUUAAAAUAUCUCUCGACAAAUACUCAACGCAAGAUAAAAAUGGAGGUGACUGUGUGUGAAAUGUAAAGCGAAGGAUCGGGAAGACUUUUCGAAAAGGAUGGAAGGCUCACAAACACAAGAUCUGUUACAAGAUGUUCCAAAAGUGAGUGAUCCUUCUGCAGACAUUGCCACUCAGGAGGCCAGUGCACAGGUGGAGGGGAUGCCCAUAAUCUCUACUGAGGGUCAUGUCUCACCAAGUGUGGUUGAGGAACAGAUCAAAUCCUCUGUUCCUACCUCGCCAUGGGAGAUUGACGACACUGCCAGACUGAUGAAUAAGCUCCAUGACGAGCAGCAGGAAGAUGCUAUGAAUGCUUCACUGAACAGCAUGUUUCAUACGAUUGCCAGUAGCAAAGCACAGAUCAAAAGCCAGCAGAAGGACGAGCCUGAUCUUAUGUAUGACCAGAAAUUGGAUAUCAUCAAGGAUCUUUUCUGGUGUAAGCCAGUGGUGUUCCUCGAACGUUUUCACAAAAUCAUCAAAGAAGAGCAUCUUGUCUGUUUCAACCAUUUGGCUGAAAACUACGAAGUUACUUUUUACAGUAAUGAAAUUAGGAAGUCUUCCAAGAAGAAAACUGCCCGAACAAAUGUUCGCAACAAGAGGUACGCGGCCCUGCAGCAGCUGAUUAAAGAUGGGGAGUAUUUCAGUGAUGAGCAGAUGCGAACUCGAGAUCCUUUGUUGUACCAGCAGUACAUUAGACAGUACAUGACAGAGGAGGAGCUAUUGGCUGAGAACAGCAAAAACCUGAGCAAUGCCAUGUGUUUGUCUGACCUGUUGAUGAGCACUUAUCAGGAGAAAAUUGUCCAGGAAAGGCUACAGUGGCAACAGGAAAGGGAAGAUGCCUGUGUGGAAGAGGAAGAGGACGAUGAGGAGGAAGAUGACGACACGGAGUCUAAAGCUGCAGACUGGAUACCCAGUGACGAUGAGAGGAGUAUGCUGAGGGAAGAAUUUGUGAGCCGCAUGUACCAGCGCUUUCUGGAUGGGGAAGACAGUGACUUUGAUUACAGUGCUGUUGAUGACAACCCGGAUUUUGACAACCUUGACAUCAUAAAUCGUGAUGAAGAGGAGAGAUACUUUGACGAGGAGGAGCCAGUGGAAGUUGAAGAUAUAGAGAUGGACAAGGAUUAAACAUUCUUCAAUUUAUCUGUUUUUUUUUAGAUUUUACAACAUUUCCAAAGGAGAAUGUUGGUGACCAACCGAUUUGUUUUGUGCAUGUCAUAAAAGAAUUUCUUCUUCCUAUUUUUAAUGUCAGUUUAAUUGGCCCGUUUCUAUUGUGCUGAAAUCAAAUUUUUUUUUUAAGUUUCAUGUACAAAGGAGGAUGAAACCGAAACUGCUGUCAGACGACAAACAGAUUCCCACAAUGGCUCAGAGCACCAACAGAUCAACCAGGAGACCAUGAGUUCUCAGAUGCUGGAGAUCAGAGUUGAGUAUGUUGCUGGAAAAGCACAGCAGGUCAGGCAGCAUCCGAGGAGCAGGAA